UGUACUUUCUCGGAGUGUAAUUUCCACUUGGUUUUUGUUACUACGAAUUUGAAUUAUUAGAUUAUGUAUACACCAAAAAUAUAAUACACACAGAUCAUGUCUGACAAUGAAUUUGAUGAUUACGAUGAAAAAGUUAAUGUCAGAAGUUACGUAGAUGUGUUAAAAGAAAAACAACAUGCGGAACAUGAAACUGAUACCUCCAGAGAACAAGAUCAAGUUGAGGAAAAUGUGCUUAAACUGUUUAAACUAAAUAAAGAGCCUGUUUUAAAUAAAUUUCGACACAUCAGUUUUUUAAAGGAUUCAUUAACUCAUUUAUCUAAAAAUUAUGAAUGUUUAGAUUCGAGUAGGCCAUGGUUAUGCUAUUGGAUUCUUCACUCACUCCAAAUUCUCGGUGUAACUUUAGAAGACGAGGAUUAUUCAAAGAUAGUUAACUUUUUAUCCAGAUGUCAAGAUGCGGAAGGAGGUUUUGGAGGUGGACCAGGGCAAUAUUCCCAUUUAGCUUCCAGCUAUGCAGCAAUCAAUGCUCUUUGUUGUAUUGGCACAGAAGAGGCAUACAACGUCAUUAAUAGACCAGCACUUCAAAAAUUUUUAAAAUCACUGCACAAUGCUGAUGGAAGUUUUUGCAUGCAUAAAGAUGGUGAAAUAGACAUAAGAGGUGUGUACUGUGCUUUGGUCGUGGCAAAGCUGACAAAUGUAUACACCCCAGAGCUGUUUGAAAACUCAGAAAAAUGGAUAGCUAAAUGUCAAAACUGGGAAGGUGGAUUUAGCGGUUGUCCAGGCAUGGAGGCGCAUGGUGGCUAUGCUUACUGUGGAUUGGCUGCACUCGUUUUACUGGGAAAAACAGAAGUUUUUAAUUUACCUGCAUUUACACGCUGGAUAGUUAAUCGGCAGAUGCGACUCGAAGGAGGUUUUCAAGGACGCACGAAUAAACUAGUUGAUGGUUGUUAUUCUUUUUGGCAAGGAGGAGCAUUUCCUUUAAUACAAACACUUUUAGCCAAGGAAAAAAAUGUCAUACUUGAUAAUUGGUUAUUCAAUCAAGCAGCUCUUCAAGAGUACUUACUAAUUUGUUGUCAACACCCUAUAGGUGGAUUAUUAGACAAACCAAAAAAGAGUUGUGACAUAUACCACACAUGUUAUGGAUUAAGCGGACUAUCUGUAGCGCAAAAUUCUCCAAGACCAGUUAUCAUUGGACCACAAAAUAUUAAUGCUCUUAAGACGAUACAUCCUGUAUAUAAUUUAGUAUUCUCUUCAGCAGUAGAUGCUGUGAAGUAUUUUUCUAAUUUGCCUAUUCCUAAAUAAAAUUAAAGAAAAAAAA